AUGCAGGAGAGCUGUCGGUUCGGAUGUGCGCUGUGCCCCGGGGCCAGCCGGGGCGACCAGACGCUGCUGCAGGGGAAAGCCCAGCGGGGAGAGAUGCCCCAGGCAGGGGCCAGCCCGACGGAGUGGACAGCGCUCAGGCCUGAGUCCACCACUCCGGGCAGCGCUCGCCCCGCUUUCGCCUACACCACGGCCUCCGUCUGGGAGCUCGCCUGCACCUCCUCGGCCCUUGGCCUGCUCGAGGACGAGGUGAUGGUGACGGAAGAUAAGAUCGACGCCCUUGCUCUGGCCAAUGUCAACCUUGGGAGCCUCCUCUGCAAUGUCGGGGCCGGACCCGCCCCAGCGGCUCGUGCGGCACCAGCAGGAGGUCCUGCCCCCUCCACUGCUGCUGCCCCCGCCGAGGAAAAGAAAGUGGAAGCGAAGAAAGAAGAAUCGGAGGAGUCUGAUGAUGACUUGGGCUUUGGACGAUUUGCUCAGCCGUCACGGUUCUCUGAACGUCGCCAGGAGCGGAAGAAAAUGAACAUACCCGAGGGAUCGGUGUUGUUCGAGGAGGUUUCCGUGGACUUCACCCAGGAGGAGUGGUGGCUGCUGGACUCCGCCCAGAGACACCUGUACAGGGCUGUGAUGCUGGAGACCUACAGGCACCUGGUGUCGCUGGGCCACUCUGUUCCCAAACCUGAGCUGAUAUCCAAGCUGGAGCAAGGAGAAGAACCAUGGACCUCACAGAGAAAGUCCUCGAAUCAGGGCCACCCAGGGAAAUCCUGUAGCAAGAAGUCAGACCUUAUUGAGCACCAGAGAAUGCCCACAGGAGAGAAACCUGAUGACUGUAACGAAAAUGAGGAGGCCCUGCAGAAGUCGGGCCCCACUCAGAGUGAGAGAACCCACGUGGGAGAGAAAGUCUAUGACGAUAAUAAACGUGGGAAAUCCUGCCAUGAAAAGUCACGCCUUACUCAACGUCAGGAAGGGCAUACAACAGGGAAAGCCAGUGAAUGUAAGGAUAGUGAGGAAGCCAUAAAGAAGUCACGCCUCGCUCCGAAUCAGAAAAUCGACAGAGGAGAGAAAAGCUGUGAAGGUGGUAAGUGUGAGAAAUCCUCCCGCGAGACAUCGAAGCUCCGUCAGCAUCAGAGAACGCACUUGAGGGGGAGAACCGAUGAGGGUAAUGAAAGUGGAGGGGCCUUAAGUAGCAAGUCAGACCUCACUCAAGAUCAGGGCAUUCACAAAAGAAAGAAAACCUGUGACUGUACUCAGUGUGCAAAAGGCUUCCGUAAGAAAGCAGGCCCCACGCAGCAUCAGAGCACGCACACCGGGAAAAAGCCCUACGAGUGUAACGAGUGUGGAAAGUCCUUCUGCGUGAAGUCCAACCUCACUGAACAUCAGAGGACCCACACAGGGGAAAAACCCUAUGAAUGUAACGAAUGUGGAAAAUCCUUCUGCCAGAAGUCAGCCCUCACGGUGCAUCAGAGAACUCACACAGGGGAAAAACCAUACAAAUGUAAUGAAUGUGGGAAAACCUUCUGUGUGAAGUCGAACCUCACUCAGCAUCGAAGGACCCACACGGGAGAGAAACCCUAUAAGUGUAACGAAUGCUGGAGAUCUUUCUGCGUGAAAUCCAACCUUGUUGUACAUCAGAGAACUCACACAGGAGAGAAACCCUACCAAUGUCCCGAAUGUGGGAAGACUUUCUAUGAAAAGUCAGCACUCACAAAACAUCAGAGAAUUCACACAGGGGAAAAACCCUAUGAGUGUCAUGAAUGUAGAAAGACCUUCAGCCAGAGGUCAGCCCUCACCAAACAUCAAAGGAAAACACACAAGAAGAAAACUCCCAUCAACCCUCUGCGGGGGCAGAAGGCGGCACCUACAAGUCAGACCUAA